AACCUUCGCCACUAGUGAGGAACGAAGCAGAGGAGACCAGGAGCAGAGGAAGCAGUAUUUAAAUAUUUUUAUGACAGGUGUUUAUAUGAAAGUAGGGUGAAGGCAGAGACCCUCCUCUCUGUGGGUCAGUCAAGGAGAGAAGAUGAAGAGCGAAAUCAGCAAGGCCCUCUCCGACUUCUUAUUUGAGUAUGAGACCCCGCGUCAGGUGCUGGUGAGGAACAGGAGGGUGGGCGUGGUGUGCCGUCUGAUCCAAUUGGGGGUCCUGGCUUACAUCAUUGGGUGGGUUUUCAUCUAUGAGAAAGGCUACCAGUCCACAGACACAGCAGUCAGCUCCAUCUUCACCAAAAUGAAAGGCGUGGGCUACACCAGUGUGAACGGACAUGAGAGAGUCUGGGACGUGUCUGACUACGUCUUCCCUCCGCAGGGAGACUCAUCUUUUGUGGUGAUGACAAACUACAUCUUAACUGAAGGUCAACAGAUGGGAAGGUGUCCAGAGCUGGAAGGCAAGCAAUGCAGCUCAGACACUGACUGUGAAGAAGGGCGUUUCAAACGUACGGGACAUGGACAAAUGACGGGAAUAUGUGUGAAUAGCACUAAAACCUGUGAGGUGUUGGCUUGGUGCCCUGUUGAGGAUGAUCACAGCAUACCACACCCUCCUCUGCUGAUGUCUGCAGAGAACUACACUCUGUUCAUCAAAAAUUCUGUAACUUUUCCCAUAUUUGGUGUCACAAGGACUAACCUGGUGGAAGGAGUUGAUGCUGCAUACAUCAGCAAAUGCCUCUAUCAUCCACAGGAUGCUCCACUGUGCCCCAUAUUCAAACUGGGAGACAUAGUUAAACUGUCUGGCUUCAAUUUUGAAACAAUAGCCCAAAUGGGAGGGGCCAUCGGCAUUGUGGUUGACUGGACAUGUAACUUUGAUGCAGAUGUAAAACACUGUAAACCUCAGUAUAACUUUCAUGGUCUGUAUGGAAACCCCGCGGAAACGGACCAAGCCAGAGCGUCAGUGGGCUACAACUUCAGGUAUGCAAAGUAUUAUUUGGAGAACAAUGUUCAGAAACGAACCCUUAUGAAAGUGUUUGGGAUCAGAAUCGAAAUAAUUGUGCAGUCACUGGCAAGAAAGUUUGAUAUCAUCCCAACAUUCACAGCUAUAGGUUCUGGAGUGGGAAUUUUUGGAGUGGCAACUGUAGUGUGUGACCUGGUGCUGCUUUAUUUGCUGCCAAAAAGAGAAUAUUACAAGAACAUGAAAUUCAAAUACACAGAUACAUCAGUACAGCAUGACAGCGAGUUGCUUGGUUUAGACGGAAGUGUCUAUUACACCUUUGAAGCAAAUGCAAGACAAGUCCAAGGCACUGAUCAGUCCAACGAUCCUGAUUCAGAAGCAGGUAGCAUAGAGACUGAGUUAUCUAACAAGUGACCUGAGAGCAAACUUUCAAGCAAUUGGCCAUGCUAGUUUGAAGGUGUACUGCACUGGAACCCGCAAAAGACCCUGCAAGACAACACACACACACACUUGUAAUUCUAUUUUUGUGAGGACAUUCAUUGACAUAAUGCAUUCCCUAUCCCCCUACCCUAGCACUUAACCAUCAAAAGUAAAUGCCUAACCCUAACCUUUCACCUAACAGCUAACCUUUCCCCUAACACCUAACCUGAACCCUAAAACCAAGUCUUAACCUUCAGAGAGGUGUUUCACAAAGUGAUGACUGGCCAAAACAUCCUCACAUUCCAAAAAUGUCCUCACUCUGUAGCAAAAAAACUUUUUUGGUCCUCACUAUGUAGCAAGUACAAGAACGAACACACACACACACACACACACAGGAACUGAAAAAGACAGAGUCAAAUGACAUUGUUCUAUUUGUUCUCCAUUUCUUCUUUCUAGCCACAACAUCCUCCCACUCUUUUGAGCCAUCCUGAGUGACUGUGAUUCCACAAUUACUAUACUAAAUCACAGAUGGUGUAGCUCAGCGAUAUGUGUACUUUUGUGUGUUUGGUUUGCUUUUGUGCAUAGGCUACUUUGGGUGUAACCUCCACCUCUAAAAUGUCUUCAUAUCUGUAUUGACUCCGUAUCCAUACGGAUGACUGUGCAAAUUCUCAGUCAUCCAGGUAAUUGUAGUAUGCUGAAAAAAUUUUG